AUGGGCUCUCGAGAACCACAAACGGUGGGCAAAAUGGGUCCCCAGAAGAUCCUCAAAGCGUUGGGUACCUGGUGGUUAUCGUCCGCCGCGGACGAUAAGCCAUCAACCCCCGGGAUAUCCAGAUCGUGCCCUUCGAAGGAAAUCAGCUGCAAGAUACAGUACCAUGGCCAGGACACCUGUUGUUUCAAUUACCCUGGGGGUCAGAUGCUGCAGACUCAAUUCUGGGACGCAGACCCCGCGGUCGGUCCAGACGAUUCGUGGACGAUACAUGGACUAUGGCCCGAUCACUGCAAUGGCGGGUUUGACCAGUUCUGUGAUCCCAAGCGGAGAUACAGCAACAUCUCGUUAAUUCUGGUCGACGCUGGCCGGGCCGACCUCCUCCAGUAUAUGAGCGAGUUUUGGAAAGAUUACCAGGGAGAUGAUGCUCACCUGUGGCAACAUGAAUGGGAGAAGCACGGAACCUGUGUCAGCACUCUUGAGACGCGAUGCUACGAGAACUAUCAGCCUCAGCAGGAUGUUGUUGAUUAUUUCGACAAAUCAGUUGAAAUCUUCAAGCAGGUCCCCUCGUAUGAGUUCCUGGCGGCAAAUGGUAUCGUGCCGUCUCAUUCCCAAACCUACGCUCUUGCGGACAUCGAGGAUGCCCUCGAACGGGGUCAUGGCGCUCCGGUCACCGUACACUGCCGGCAGGGCUCCCUGAGUGAGAUUUGGUAUCACUUCAACAUUGCGGGAAGCUUGCAAACCGGGCAAUUUGUCUCGGCUCCCCCAGACGGCCAAACGUCCAACUGUCCCAAGCGCGGCAUUCGCUAUCCGCCCAAACGAUCCGCACCCGAGCCCACCAGAACCACCACACGUGGAUCUGAGCCCACGCAAACCCAUCGUCCAGGGUCACAAAGAGGCAGUGUGAUCGUAUCGACGCUCAACCAAAGGCGAGGAUGUAUCAUCAGCUACGGCACCUGGUUCACGUCCGGUACAUGCGCCACUUUCAGAGCGCAGAAGGUUAGGGACGACACUUUUACUUUGAAAUCCAGCAAAGGCCUGUGCGCAUUCGAGGACGAUGCUCUCAAGUGUCAUAGUCACAUCAGCAAGCCCAGUGAAUUUACGAUCACCGGUGACAAAAUCACUUACGCUGGUAACACCACUUUCUACGCCGACAAAGCGCCAAAGGGCCACGUGCAAAGCCCCGUCUACGCUUCCAAGGCGGAGCAUUUGAUAGAAGUUGAGCUAACCUGGGCACCAAAGGGGGCCUUUUGA